AUGCCCAAGUGGGGGGAUUCAGAGGAAGAGCCUCGAGGAAGCGGGGAAGGGCAUGAUCAGGAUCUGUCUGCACGAGAGCCAGAUGAAAGGACACGGCUCCUUGCAUCACAUCCACGUCCUCCGCGGUCAGAUGGGUAUCUGGACCCAGACGACCCAGCCGUCUCCCCGUACAAUCUGUGGACCAUUCGAUUCCUGCGGUAUUUGACGGUAUUGUUCCUAUUCAUCACCCUCAUCUGGUGGAUCCUCCUCCUGGUGUCGGUUUUCGCCUCCCCACCGGGCUUCCAAUCGCGCGGCUCCGGGUUCACGCACUUCUCGUUCACAUGCCUGACCAUUGGAAAUAUCCUGGUAUCUCUUUUGUUUUUUGCUUCACCGUCCCAGGCCAUGCGAAUCCUGGCCGCCGUGGUCAGCUUGUUCCUCCUUGUGGAUAUGAUCCUCAUCUUGGCAGUGUCAAAGCUUCGCAUUGAGGAGGGCUGGGUUGGCAUUGCGUCCGUUGUAUGGGCAUUCCUCAUAUCCGUCUGGUGCAUAACAGUGGAUCGGGUGGUCGCGUGGGGAAAGCAGGAGGAAGAGGAGAGGCUCACCGGGAGGCCCGAGACGCGGCGAACCGCCAGAGAAUGGUUGUCAGUGUUGAUAUCCACAAUAAUUCUCAGCGUUUUUAUAGCGAUUGUCGUUCUCCUCACGGCUACCUUAAGUCUGAGAGCCAGAGAUUCGUCGUUGAGGAUGCAGGGACAAAAGAUUUUGGUGGAUGAUGGCAAGUACGCCGUCCAUCUUGCCUGCGUAGGAAAUGCGACCAACGCAGAUGGCAAACCGAUGCCAACAAUAUUGCUCGAGGCUGGUGAAGGUACUGUCGAAUAUGGUCUGGAACCGUGGGCAUAUAACUGUCUGAAAAAUGGCACCAUCUCGCGAUAUUGUUAUUGGGACCGACCAGGCUACGCUUGGUCAGAUAAUGCGCCAUCACCGCACUCGGCGGGAAUGACGGCUCGAGCUCUGAUGGAGGCGCUUGCCAUAGCGGGAGAGGACGGACCCUGGGUUCUUGUUUCGGCAGGCAAAGGUAGUAUUGUCAGCCGGAUCUUCUCAAGCAACAACGGACACCGGGUUUCCGGACUCAUGUUGAUCGAUCCACUGCACGAAGACUUACUUUACAGGUUCGCAUCGCCAGGCACAGGAUUCUGGCUCUGGGCGUGGGGUAUCAUCUCACCUCUCGGUAUCGAUCGGCUGGUGGGUGCCUUCUUCCGCGGCCGGACCAGGGAGGACCGUAUCUAUGGUCGCAGUGCAUACCAAAGCGGCCGGUUCAUCAAGGCGGAGCUGCAGGAGAGCCUUGUGGCUGAUUCAUUUACCAAGCAAGACAUCUCCUCUGCACGCGUUAUCCAAGACCGCUCGGCUCCACUGGUCGUCAUGAGUUCAGGAGUCAGGGUCCGGAAGGAUUCUGCGUGGGAGAAGAAGCAGAACGACCUCACGACCAUCACCGACAACCUCGUCGUCUGGGAUGUGGUUCCUAAGACUCCUCACGAGAUAUGGACGACUUACGACGGAAGGAAAGCCAUGGAGAAAGACCUGAAGAAGCUUCUACAAGCUAUUUGA